AGAUAAACCCUAAACCCUGAAAACGCCUCAACUGAACUGAAUUGCUCUAAAAGAAGCUUAAUUCUUCAGCCAGUUGUUGAAAAUCUGUAUAGAGAGAGAUGGCAUACUGUCGACAAAGAGAUUUUAUGUUCUGUGAAAUGUGUGGAACAAUGCUUGCUUUUGAUUCACCCAAGUAUGCUCGAUGUCCCUUAUGCAAAUUCAAGAAGCGUGUCAAAGAGAUUGCUGGAAACGAGAUACAGUAUACCGUUUCUGCUGAGGCUAUUAGAAGGGAAUUGGGCAUAUCUUCAUUUGAUGAUCUUGAAGAAGAGAAGGAACUAAAGCAAAUGGAUUAUAAUGCAAAAUGUAAAGGUUGUCAGCAUUUAGGCAUGUCAUACAUAGCCAGACAGAUUAGAUCUGCUGAUGAAGGGCAAACUAUCUUCUAUACAUGCCUUGUUUGUGGAAAUAAACAAACUGAGAACUCGUGAAAACACAGCUCUGCAGGUUUCCAUGGUGAAUGGAAGCUGUUUUUAGUGUAUGCACAUCCUUCGAAUUUUGCUAGAGUUCAUACCAUAUUAUUGCCUGUAUCUUUAUGCAUGGAAACACAUGUAAAAAUCCUACAUUGUCUCCGAGUUCUGGAAAUAGGAUCUUAGUUUUCCCAGCUCGAACCAAAGUGAAAGGACAUGCAUAUAAUUCUUUCAUGAAAUGCUCUUGGCAAAGCUUCAAAUAUGCCUCAACCCUACAUGUCUUGCAUUUAUUGUACACCCCGAAACCUGAUUGUUUGCUGCAUCUUGUAGCUUGGUGUUGGGGCCUUGCACUAUUCCAUGGGUAAUAUGUAUGGAUAGCAUGAAAAUGUUACCAUUACUAGAAGGUUCUAUUUAAAUGAGUGUUUGUGUUAA